UUUAUUUAAUUAUUCCUGCUAUAAAAAUACAUUUAUAUUAUGGUACCUUUCUGGUAUCUCUCCCCCCUCCAUUUUAAUUUUUCUUUAUUUGAUCGGCUAUAACUUUUCUAUACUUAAUCCAACCCGAAUAAAUCUUUAACCAUUCGAAAGCUUUUUUUCUCCCUUUUGAGAAUGCCCCCUGGUGGUAAUUUGGAAAGGGCCACCCUGUUAAGCAUUUAAAAAGUUAUAUAAGAUCAAUUAAGAAAAUGGAGAAGAUGACAGUAAAGUACCCUAAAUUAUUAAAUGAUUAGGCCGUCGAUACAUGUAUAUAAAAAUAAUUUCUAUACAUAUUUAAUUUAUAUAUUUUUUUAUUUUAAAAUUUUUCUGAAAAAAUUACCUAUUUUUAUUUCAAUUUAAAUGUUUCAUUUACCUUCUGAAACUUGGCUUGAUAUAUUUAAAUUUGUUGACUACAAUGGAUUAUGUAAUUUAUGUUUAACAGAACGAUUCUUUUCUAAAUUAAUUGAUCGACAUAAAAAUGAAUUGGCACUUAAAGAAUUUUAUAGUUUUGAACUUGACCGUGUUGGACAUGAUUAUAGAAAUUUGUGGGAAAAAGCUAAAGAUAUAGAAAAAGAUAUGGAAUCUAAAUUAGGACGAGGGUUUUUUUGGGGGUUUGAACCUGACGAGAAAUUAACGAAGAAGGUAAAAUUAUUUUGA